UUCUCGGUUGGCAAAACAUUUAAGAUUAUUCUACAAUUUACAUAAUAUUUUAGACUAAAGUAUAUUCUAUCCAUAGGCGUGCGCAGACAUUUGUGGCAGGGUGGGCUAAGUCAAUAAAUAUUAAGAAACCUGAACUCUGAUGGAAGAAACAAUAUUAAAAUGUUACAUACUUUAUUUUACCUACUCAUAAUCACCCACUUUUUAAGGCAUAAAUCAUUUAAAUGAUUAAAAACAGAUACAUAUUUUUUUUUAAUUAAAUAAGAAAUAUUGUAAUUGCCAACACAGUUUAAUACAAUUUCGUAAUCUGUAAUGGUAAUAUGACAUAAUAUGUUAUCAAUUUUAUUUUUAAAGGCAUUUAAUUUAUUAUUAUUGUGUAUCAGUUAUUUUUACCUACCUAUUUAAUGUUUUAUGAUUUUUGAAAAAUCAAAAAUCGUUAUGCUUAGAACAUGUAUUACUUGUAUAAAAAUUCUGGUACGGCUCGCAGGGUGGGCCACGGCCCACCCGGCCUCCCCUGUGUGCACGCUUAUGAUUCUAUCUAUAUCUAUAUAUUCUAUAACAAUUUAUUAUUUAAUUACUUAAUACAAUUUAACGUCAUUGACCAUAUUGUAUUAAGAUACAAUUUACAAGAAUAGUCAGUGUAGUGUACAAGUGCUUGAAAAUUAAUUAUAAUGCCUGUUUCGUGCGCUGCAGCGUAUGGAUGCUCAAACAGAUAUCGAACUGGACAAAAUAUACAUUUCUUUCGAUUUCCUAUUUCUAACAACGAGUUGAUGCAAAAAUGGAUUAGUGCAAUAAAAAGAAAACAUUUUGAGGCAAAUCAAUGGAGUCGGAUAUGUAGUGUUCAUUUUACAGAACAAGACUAUCAAGUUAAACCUGGGGCACAUAGAUUAUUAUUAAAAGACAAUGCAGUUCCAUCAUCAGUAUUCCCAUCAUUUCCAUCCUACCUUCAAACACCAAUUGCAAUUCCUAGGAAACCACCUACAUUAAAGAACUGUUGUGAUAAAGAUCUAACUGUAAAUCAAUUAGAAGACAAUGUUAAUGAAUGUGACGACAUGUAUCGAGUUAGUAAUUUUAAGAGCGUGGAAGUACAAACUGACACCUAUUAUCCAAAUGAAAAAAUUCUUAAAAAUAAAAUUAAAAUAUUACAGCAAAAACUAAGAAGGAAAAAUAAAAAAAUUGAAAAUUUAGAAGAUUUAUUAAGUAAUUUAAAAAACAGAGGACUUCUUGAAGAUGAACCACAGACUAUUAUUGGUUCUAAUUUUAAAGAUUGAAGACGAUUUUAUUGUAAAAAAAAAAUCAUAUUUGAAAAUGAAAAUGAUAACAAAUCAAUCGUUCAUAAUAAUUUUAUUGGGAUUUAUAAUCAUAGCCCAAGCGGGUAUAUUUUCAAUUACAACAAAACGCAAUCUAGAACUGGAAAAUAACAAAAAAGAAACGAGAAUGCUCAUGAAUAAAAUAAGAAACCUAUCAAAUAAAAUAGUUAAAGAAGAGGAGACACGUCUCGAACAAUCUAACAUUACCACACACGAAGUCAAGGCAUGGCAGGCGAUGUAUACAGGUUUAUCUAAAGGUUAUGGGAUACUAGAAAAAAUAAUGAAAAAAGAUGCUGCACAACCUAUGGCAGGAAUUAAUUUAAGUAUCACAAAUACAAAUGGGACGUAUAGUGGGAUUACAAAUAUUACAAAUAUUUUUAUAAAUUGUAACCAUACUAACCACCGUGAUUUAAAUGUACACUAAAUUGAUAUAUUUGUUAUAUUAUGUUUAUUUUUCUAAUAAAAUGAGUUCUAAUAAAACAAAUAAUGCGUUUUAUUUAUUAUUUUUAUAUUUAUCAUAGGUACCAAAAAAUUAACAUCAGCACAAGAAAAUGGGGUUUAAAAAGAAAUCCUUACAAACAAAUUCUUACAAACAUAUAUGUUAUUACAAUGAAAAAAAUAUUAUAAAUAGUUAUAAUGUGAAUGCUUGUCAGUUGUCAUACAUGCAAAACACUAAAAAAAAGAAAAGAUGGAACAAAGAUAAGGAUAUUUAGAUAAUUUUUUAUUGAUAUUCUAAAUAUAACUAUCAAAUACAUUUAUAAUUCAUAUUUUUUUAUUGCUGCAUUUUCAAGAUAGCCUAUGUGAUCAUAACCAAAAUAAUUGUUUGUUUGUUUAUUUUUCAUGCUCUAAAUGGUCUUUACUGAUUUAGUUGCAUUAGAUUGUUAUUUUUGUAUUAUUGAAUUAAGUAAAAAAUUUAAAUAUGCCUAAUUGUAUGGUUCCUGGGUGUUCAAACAA